AUCAAGGGGUACAUAUUCAGCAUGAAACUGCAAAACACUGUUCAGAAAUUGUACAACAACUGUGCAUCUUAAGUCACAAGAGGGUGAUAAAGUACUAAAAUAAAUAGCACAAUGUAUAGCUAUCGUACCCAAUAAUCCAGACAGGAAGGAAGACGUCUGUAUGACAGAAUAAACCUAUAGCGCCAUCGUGUUUUUGGGCAGUGUCGCGCAGGUGUUCAGUUAAUACAUUAGCGAGGGAAAUUAAUUUAUCAUAUGUCAUAGACACACGAGCUGCAACGCUGCUGUCGAACGUAACAGCUGUUUUAUCGCCAUGAGAGAGCGCCGCCUCAAAAAAAAUAAAAUAAAUAAAAAUAAGAGCGCCGCCUCGCGCACCAGUUCGUGAAGGGAUUUUGCUGCCAUAUCUGAGCAAAAAAUAUGUUAAGUCAUAGUUCCGAUCAAAUUGGUAAACUACACUGUAUGUUACAUGCAUGACCAUGUACCAGUGUUUACGCGACUCGAACUUAAAGGAGUGGCGCUUAAAGAUGACGUUUCAGUGCUGCUUGAGAAAACGUCCAAUCAUAGCUCGAGGUGUUCUUUGGGGGGAGAAAUUUGAAAAUUCUGCGCGCCGCUGACUGCGUUGAAUGCGUAAAAUCCCAGUUUAUGUUGGUUAAAUUAAUUUGCAGUUUAUUAGUUUGCAUUGCAAUUCGUUUGCAAUAGAUUUCGGCACAGGCAACAUGUCUGCAAAACUUUCAAAUGUAGAUCAAUUUAAGAGAAAUGAUGAUGAGUUCAGAAACACGAUGGAAGCUAUUUUUCAGAAGUAUUCCAGUCUUAAUGAUCUUGGAAUAGAAGUCUGUCUGAAAACAAUGACCUGCAGAACUGAAAGAGGUCCUGUGCCAAUUGACAGUGCAGAGGGUGAACGUGAAUUGGAAGCCCUGAAGACUAGACUCAAAGACCAUUCAAUGAGGGAGUUUGUGGACCAGGAUGAUGAUUAUGAUGAUCAGAUGGAUGUGUCAGGGGUCACUGAGGAUGAGCUUAACGACUUUGACCAAACGAAUAAUCAAAAUCUGUGGCAUGGUGGUGACUCAUUCCAGCUCUCUAUGAAUCUGAUCAGUUCAUCUCAAACCGGUAUUUGUGGGCUGCCCUCUCAGCCUGAGGAAGAGGAUGAAGAACUGGAGAAAACACUCAGCAGUCAUGGCAGUACCCUGCUGGAUGUCUAUCCCAGCAUGCUCAAUCAAAUUGGCGAAGCAUAUCGGCGGCAGAAUGUGACGGACACAGCUAGGGCUGUGCUGCAAAAGUAUCGCCGCAAACACUGGCAAGCCGGCCAGGCACACCCUCGCAACACUUCCUUUAAGAAGAGACACAAUGGCACACUGAACAAGACAACAGAGAUCUCAUUCACUAAACAAAGUCCAGUUCAAAGAAACAAUAGCAGAUCUAUCAAACUUCAAGACUUGUUUGAGAACAAAAUUAAGUCUUCACCACUGAAAAACACAUUGUAUGAGGCCAGUGCUUGUUUUUACUCACCUAGGAGGGACAGCGUUGAUGAGAGUGUUGAGUCACCACAUACUAACAUGAAAUUAAAUAGGAAGCCAAAGCAGAACUCUGUUUGUGUGAUUGACUUCACUACACCUCCUUACUCUGUCUCCCCCCUAAGUGACCAGUCUCCAGACCAAAACCAAACCUAUGACAUUGGACCUUCUGUUUCAUCAAACUCUCAUGCUCCAGGCUCAUUGGUCUCCAACUCUCCACAACCAGCAUUGCACUCACAAGGCAAAGGACCACAAGGUCUCUCUCUUGAUAACUGGAGAGGAAUGUCAAUCACAUCCCAGCCCUCUUAUCAUCAGCCAGCCUACUCCUCUUUGGACAAAGACUGCUUUAGAGACCGUCUGCACUCUCCAGUCUCCUCCCCGCAGCGUGGUCUCAUUAGUUGUUUUUCUCCUAGUGGGAAGUGUACCUUCAGACCUAAAUUUUUGAGAGAUGAAAGACAACAAUCAAGGCCAACAGCAAUACAAAGUCCAAAGCGAAGGUCUCCUGUCUGCUAUUUAGCUAAAUCUGAGGUACACCGAUCUCCUUAUGGUGGGAAAAAGGUGCCUUCAUCACCCCAGCGUCCCCUUUACUACAGCUCUGGUCAUCAACAUUGGAAACAUUUUUCCAAGGCUGAGACGCAGUCACAGAUCAGUCCCAGACCCUGUAAAAGUCAGCGUUCUCUUUCUGGGCCCCAGUCCACUUGCUUGUCAAAGUGUGACUCCUUCAGAGAACCACAAAUUGAUGCAGAGUUCAGGAAGCUGUAUCACCACUUCAUCUGUCGUGGUACAUCUUCACCAUGCCCUACCUCCCAUUGUCACCUGUGCGAGAGACAGUUGAAGGAGACGUCCCAAAGUCCCAGCUUUUCCUCCGCCAGCAUGUCUGCUCUUGCUCUAACACCUCUGAGGUCCACACACAAGAAACGUCAUCGUCAGCAUGAUGUGGAAGAGUCGCUUCGAUUCAAACGCUUCCGUGAAAGUCGUUCCCCACUUAAGCAUCUCCAACUCUUGCCACAUCAACUGAAAGACAGAUAUAUGAGCUCCGCUUUAUCAGAACCAAGUGAAGACAAGCAUGCCUGGGAUAGGGCAGUCCUGCUCCAGUGCCCCAGCCCCCGGUUCCUCAGAGGCACUGGAAAACUCAGAAAGAUUAGAGAGGCUAAAUUAGCCAUGCAAAUGAACCCACGUGCUGUGUCUUGGAGGGGUGUCCCAAGUGGAGUCAAUGCAUUUGAAGGUCAGUCACCAAUUAGAACUUUUAAUCAGGGUAUGGUCCCACUUUCUCCAAGUCUCUCAAGGAGGCGACUUCAGUAUGGUCUUCCGCAGAGAUGAGGUUUCCUGUGGGCACCCCAUAAUCCUGUAUUCUUUAUGGUUAAACAUAAUUCAUAUAGUGAAUACUUCAAGUUCACCCAAGAGAAAUUCAGCGGAUGACAUCAAGUCAGUGUACACUGAUAUUCAACUGUCAGUUUUCUUGUUUUUAAUACACAUGUACUUGUAAAUGCAGUUGUUUCAAUUUCAGUAUAGUUUGUUUUUAAUGUAAAUAUAUCUUACAAGACCCUUGAGAU